CGUCUAUACUACGUGUUUCCUUUCUCAUUAGAAAGAAAUGUCAUUAAUAUUGCUAUUCUUACAUGCCAACUAUUAGGAUUGUGAUUGGCUUGAUGUUUUAAUAGCGCAUGCUCAUGAUAGAAUUUCGUAGUUUCAGAUAAGGCUUUCUAGGUUAGCCACAAUAAUAUUGCUUGUUCACCGGUUUUAUAUAAACUUUCAAUUAUGACGGAAAGUGCUGGAAAUUGGUGUCUGAUUGAGAGCGAUCCAGGAGUUUUCACUGAAUUAAUACGUGAAUUCGGUGUUAAAGGAGUCCAGGUGGAAGAAUUGUGGAGUUUAGAUGGGGAUCAAUUUGAAAAUUUGAAACCAAUUCAUGGCUUGAUAUUUCUAUUCAAAUGGACAAAGGAUGAUGACCCAAGUGGAUCUAUAGUCCAAGACAGCAGAUUGGAAAAAAUAUUCUUUGCAAAACAAGUUAUAGAAAAUGCUUGUGCCACCCAAGCAAUUUUGAGCAUAUUACUCAACUGUCGUCAUCCAGAUUUGAAACUUGGCACGACAUUAAGUGAAUUAAAAGAUUUUUGUCAAGGAUUUGAUGCUAACAUGAAAGGUCUAACCAUCAGUAAUUCACCAGUUAUAAGAUCAGUUCACAAUUCCUUUGCAAGGCAACAACUUUUUGAAUUUGAUCCUUCUAUGUCUAAUAAAAGUGAGGAUGUUUUUCACUUUGUGGGUUAUGUUCCAAUUGAUGGUAGACUUUAUGAACUUGAUGGUUUAAAAUCUGGCCCAAUUGAUUUGGGAGCUAUUCCUUCAGAAACUGAAUGGACUGAUGUUGUUAGACCAAUAAUUGAAAAAAGGAUUCAAAGAUACAGUGAAGGGGAGAUUCAUUUUAAUUUAAUGGCUAUUGUCAGUGACAGAAAAAUGAUAUAUGAACGUCAGAUACAAGUUUUGGAAAAACAAAUUGAAGAAGGUGGAAUGGAUGUUGAUUCCCAUGAGGCAGAAAUUUCCAGACUGAGACUGCUAAUUGAUGAAGAAGGAAAUAAAAGAAAGAGAUAUCAAAUUGAAAAUAUCAGAAGGAAACAUAAUUAUUUACCACUUAUUGUUGAAAUACUUAAAAUUUUAGCCAAGGAAGGCAAGUUAAUGCCUUUAUAUGAACAAGCAAAAGAGAGUACUUUAAAAAAGCAAAAAGCAAAAUCAUCAUAAAGUUUUGGAAAUGUUUGUAUAAAAAUACUGUAUAAGUCUAUUUUUUUAUUAAUUUGUAGAUCAUGUGCUAAAAUAAUAAAAUCAAAGAAUACAUAA